CGCAGCAUUCAGGCCUAGCCACGUUUCCCAUGAUGCAGUGCGGAAGAGACCCGGCGCGGACGUUCAAAACUAUGGCAGAAGAUUCAAAUAUAAUUAAGCUAACAGAUUUAAAUUUAAUUAAACUAACAUCAGACACGGACACGGAAAACACGUCCGCGGCGGUUAACAGCGGAGACAAUGAGACAGAAAAAGAUAUUAACACAGCCGAAGAACCGAAUAAGACAUGUAAAGUCUUAACGUUACAGAUUGUUUCCGACGACUCCAACUCAUACAGACUUUCUGCGGAAAUCGCCGGAAAACUCGCCCCGCAGGCUGUAAACACAGGUCUAAAGGCGAGAAAUGCCAUUGAAUUGAUAGAUGCCUCCUCUGAACAUCGAUUAAAGUUAAAUGCCAACCAAAAUAGUGUGAAUAGUGCUGAAGACAAGGAAAACACCGCCAUGUCCUCAAGCUCCACUCCUGAAAACACCCAAGAAGAGGAUACUUCGGGUCAGAAAAGUUUGCAGGAUUCCAACUUGCCUGCCAGUAAACAACAUAGUAACACCGAGGACAAUGAUGUUGAAGCGAUGAGAAGAGCGCAGGAGGAAGGCCGUGUGAACGUUGUCUUCCCUGGCACUGUAACACAAGAAGGCUGCUGCCGUUUUGUCAGCGAAAUCCUCAAGUGUAUUCUGUAUCAGAGACAGCAGCUACCCAUGACGUACGACCAGCUGGUGUACUCCCAGAAGAAACAGCAAGCUUCAAUGCAGGAUAAAGAUGUAGUGAGCCGGAGGCCGGUGCAGUCUGCAGACAUGGACUGGCGCAAGUGUCAGCAGACCCUGCAGGAGUUAGAGGAGGUGCUGCAGCAGCUGGAGGUGCUAUUUUCUCUUAGCAAGGUGCCCCGAGUGCUGCUGCUAAUGGGUGGCUCCGUCGUCCUCCCCAAAGAGCUGUAUGAGAUCAACAUGGAGACACUGAUACUGACCGCUGGAGAUCAAUGUCUUCGGGUAUCAUCGUGCUUAAGGCAGCUCUUCCGCACUCUUUUUGUGGCUGACCUUUUGUCUGACACCAGACCUGUUCGCUUAAUGCCCACCACAGUCUUAGUGCUGGCUCACAGGGAUUGCGGUGUAGGUUGGUUCCGCCCUAAACUACAAUUUAAAGUGCCAACUCGUGUAAAGAACCAAAUUAUUGCUCUGUCUACUGAUCCAAGCGUCUGUGCGGAAACAAGGGCAGAGGGGUCAGACUGGCAGGAUUAUGUGUGGUUCCAGGCACCCAUGACUAUUAAGGGCUUUAGUAACUGACCCAAAAAGAGGAGUGUGUAGUCUGAGAUAGGAGAGGCUCUCUUUGAGGAGCCUGUAUAUUACAUUUACAUUUUAAUGGUGGUUCAAGUGAAUUUUGAACUUUAAUUGAGCUGUACAUAUUUUAAAGAAUGAUGAGUUUCUACCUGUGAUUAAAACUAUGUUGUUUAACACAAUAGUGGGUUUAUUGUCACAAUCAGUAUAGUUAUCAUUUGUAUAGUUUUCUGAAAUACUGAGAAAAUGUUUUCUCAAGAGGAUUUGUUGGCAUGUCUUGAAAUCUUCUUUAUGGCAAUGUGUAUUAUUGUUUAUAUUUAUGUUUAACACAACAACACACAUAACAUUGGUGCUAUAUAGUUUUAAUGAGCAUAACUUGAAAGGUAUAAUGCAUCAUAUUGCUCUUUAAACCAAUCCUUGAACACGUAGGAGUGCCAGUAUCAUCUGUGUAUAUGUUUACAUUUAUUAAAACCUGAAUACGAUUUCAA